AGAGAAGGGUACUGGGAGAAGACUUGCCUGUUCCCUCUUCCAUUGCCGCAUUGCUCUUUGCGGCGACUUCACCUUAGCCAACAUUCCAGUUCUAUCCGUCCUCUUCGGCAUGGCCCGAUUCGGUCGGGUCAAAAAAUCCCCUAAAGCAGGAACGAAAAAUGCUGACCCGGAGUUGCUUGUGCUACCUACGUCAGAUCCUCGCCGUGCCCCUCGUGUGAGCCUACCCCAUGUGGAAACCCAAUUGAACAUGCACCAGUACAACGGCCUGUUUGAGAUUGGCUCCUCGGAGCAGCAGAAGACUCCCGCGGCCGUCGAGUCGUCGACCGAAUCCGUUAUUACCCCGGCCUCGAAUGGUACGAACCGCACCGGCAGCUCCAACGGCACGCACACCUCUACCGCGAACGAUGCCGCGACCUCCGAGUGGUCUUCGGCGGUCGGCCACGCAGCUACGGGAAAGUCCGGCCGGGUGAUACACAAUCUGCAGGAGGAAGUUGCGCGUCUGACUCGAGAGAUGACCCUCUAUCGUUCGCGAGCAGAAGAGACCCAGCGCAUGAACGAUGCUUUCAAGACCCAGGUUCAGAACAUGACCGAGCGGCUCCGGAACCUCGAGCAGGCCAAUGAGACAAACCUCCACUCCAUCUCCCGCAAAGACAAGAAGAUCGAUGAGCUCCGCGCCGAGAUGCAGGGCGAAAAGGACCGACGAACUCAGGCAGAGGGCGAGUCACGCAAGUUCAACCAGUUGAUGGACGCAGCCCGGGAUGACUUCCAUCGGAGAUGCGCCGAGAUGCAGGAAACCUCCAGCCAUUCGCAAGCUCAGUAUGACGUGCUCGCAAAGACCAGGCAGCGAGAGCAGGUGGAGCAUCUGAAGAAGCUGAAGCUGCUGCGGGAUGAUUACAUCAGUCUCAAGAAGCACAGUGAUGCGAGCGUACACCAGCUGGAACGCCUGGAUGCCAUGAUGGCCGAUAAGGACCGUGAAAUCGAGCAGACCAGAGCGCGAUUCGACAAUCUCUUCGCCAACUACGAGGCCUACAAGCAAGCGCAGGACGAAGAAGUGGGGCGGCUGAUCGAGAAUGGCCGUCAGGGCGAGGCCAGGCUCGAUGCGGCUCUCGCUUCAUUGAAGGAGACUGAGGGGCGAAUGAAAUGGGUCCUUCAGGUCAAGAACGAGAUCAAGGAUGCCCAAUAAAUGGGUCCAUCCCGGCCGUCACGCGUGGAGUGACGGCGGGCGCCAAAGGCGCCCUGUACUGGCUACAUGGCUUCGGCCUCCUCUUCGCCUCUCUCUCUACCUUGGGUUGGGGGAGAGGAGGCUCAUAUUCUAU